AUGGAGGUGGUCGCAGUGCUUUCCAUCACACAAUAUACACGUUACCCGGAACUUCAAGGUACAAUACCAUCGUCUAACACAACUACAGGCUCAAUAAAGUGCCAUGCUGCGAAUAACAUGAUAAAGAAUCUUGCAUCACGGGGGGAUUUGAGCGGUGCGGUCAAAUUGAUCUCAGACAUGAGAUCAUUGGGACAUAGCAUUACAAAAGAAACUUACCAGAGCCUCUUGCUAGGUUGCACAAACACCCAUACGGUGGAAACAGCUCGUUACAUAUAUUUAUGCUUAAUAGCAGAUGGCCUUUCACCUGGUUUGGAAACAUACACCCUUUUGAUUAAGGCUCAUGUCUCUGCUGGUGACCUUUCGAGCGCAUUCACUCUUUACAGGAAAAUGGAAAAGGAGGGCUUAGAAGCUGAUUUGAACGUGUUCACUGUCUUGAUUGAGGGUUUGAUUGCUAAAGGUCACACCGAAAAUGCAUGGAGACUUUAUAACUACAUACGAACAUGGAGGCUUAUUGAGCCAAACGAAACCUUAUUUACUACAAUGAUCAGGGCCUGUGUGCCAUCCAAAAAUGCAGAAAAGGCAAUGAUGCUAUAUGAAGAAAUGCAACAAAUGGAGAUUUGCCCAACGACUGAUACCUACGAAGCAUUGAUACACUGUCUCUCACGAAGACGGGCCUACGCACAUAAAUGUUUCGUUUUUUAUAACCUAGUGAAAUCCAAUGAAGCUGCAAUUACUUACAACACCUUUUUAUACCUUUUUAGGGCUUGCGAAACGCUCGGAAAUACGAGGAAGGCGAAGGACAUUUUACAGUACGCCUCUGCGCUGGGAAUCACUGUGGAUACGACGUUGGCAAUAGCGAUAGCCAGAGCACUAAUGAGUGAUUUAAGAACCUCUGAUUCUUCAUUCCACAAAAUUUCAUGCAUAAGAAAGGCAUGGAACGUAAUACAUUCUCUACUACCGUUGAAGAGGCAGGAAACAUCAAAACUCCUUAAUACUCUCAUCGAACUAUAUGAGAUAGCGGGAUACUAUGACUACGCACUGGACGUGGUAAGUUACUUUCCACGACUCGAAGCAAAGCCCGAUCGCGACACUUACUCCAUUCUUUUGAGGAUAUUAGCGGAACGGUUGCAGGACCCAGGUCGGUUUUUCGCUUUAUGGAGCAGGGCACGAUCCACCAUUAUCCCCGAUAGGGACUUAUUAAAUAUGGCACUCAAAAUGGCAAUGAUUUCAAACUCGUCCAAGAGAACUGUGGACAUUCUGGAACAAAUGUACACCUACAAAGUCUACCCCUCAUCGGAGUUGAUGCAUAUGCUUUACUCAAGAGGGAAACAUGUGAGUCAAGUCCACGUAAUGAUAAACAAGCUAACGGACUUGCACAAAUCACAAACGUAUGAAAGGAAAAAAAAUGAGUCUCAAAUGACACAAACAUUUAUCGAAGAAAACAGAUUGCGCCGUGUUAGGUGA